AUGGAGGAAAGGAAUGGCCGAGAAAAGGGAGAAUCUUCCCAAGAAACGACAUUGCGACCGAUAAAGGAACGAGAUAGCAGUCCAGGCUCCGCAUCAUCAGAUGAGACCUUGGGCCCAUCAACCGAAAAAAGUACGCGUCGACAGCCAGCUGACAUGCAGAAUAAACAGCUGGCGAAGCCAAAGCAAAAGCAGUCUUUGAAAACCUCGGGCGAACACACUGUCCCACCCAACAAAUCAGGACCAUCAACACCAAUCAAUACAAGAGCCGAAUUUCUACGCCAACCAACCGAGACUGGCAGUUUUGAUCUACACAACACCUUAUCCAAUCGAACGUACAGUCAACAACAUUUCAAACAAACACCUUCUCACUCCCUAGCAGGCCCUGGUAUGAUGGAUGCACAACAAAUGCAAGGAAAAACCUACAUCGAUCCCGAAUACCAGGGACUGAACCCACGAUACGGCAAAAACUACGAAAAACCGAUAUGGGGCCUCGCAAAGCCUCUUCCAAGGGUUGUCAGACCGGGAAUGCGCCGCGAUGAAAGCAAUAUCCAAAAUGCAUAUCAGCCCAGCCCGGCGGGAGAUGCAGAGCCUGCACCAGAACUUGGAGCAACACCUGGCCUGACAUCUAGUCAAUCUGGCAAUGAUCACAAAAGCACGCAAGAUCAACAAACGUACGCCACCGCUGCAAAGCAGGGUUUACCCGGAGAAAAGAGAAUAUAUGCACCUCAACCCGAUGGUCUUCUUCGUCCGAUUGAAUCGGAAGUCAAUGGCAAUGGGCUGCCCUCUAAUACGGACACUGGUCAAAUGAGUACGGAACAACAACCACAAGAAGAAUUUUUAAACAGCUGGGUCAAAAUUCGUCACCAAAUCAAAGAGCCGCUGGCCGAAUGGCUUGCAACUACGAUCGCUGUCUUCAUAGGUUUAACCGGCACACUUGCAGUCUCAACCGGAGGAACACAAGCAGGAAAUCGGCUAUCACAGAACUGGUCAUGGGGUCUGGGAUCUAUGAUUGGAAUCUAUAUAGCCGGUGGCAUAUCGGGAGCGCACCUUAACCCCGGAAUCUCUAUCGCCCUUUGGAUAUUCCGUGGGUUUCCAGGUCGACGGUGCUGCUCCUAUAUAAUUGCUCAAACUCUUGGCGCUAUAACUGCAGCUGGAUUAGCAUAUUGUUUGUAUCGAGACGACAUCAUUGCUUUUUCUCCUACUGCCUCCGCUGGCACCACUGGCCUUGGUUUCUACACAGAACCACUCGGUCAUAUUAGCUAUGCCACAGCAUUUUUCACGGAAUUCGUCGCUGACGCUAUUCUUCUUUGUGUGCUUUUUGCUCUUGGUGACGACGGAAAUGCCCCGCCGGGCGCGGGUAUGCAUUCUUUCAUCAUUGGAUUGGUGAUCUACGUUCUCUGUAUUUGUUUAGGAUUUAAUACGGGAGGAUGCCUGAACCCCGUGCGUGAUUUUGGACCCCGUCUCGUUGCUCUCAUGGCUGGUUAUGGAGGUAUUACAUUUACAGACCACCAAGGUUGGUGGUUUUGGGGGUGUUGGAUGGCAACUAUCGGAGGCUGUCUGGCGGGUGCCUGUCUCUAUGACAUUUUCGUAUUUAUUGGAGGAGAAUCCCCCAUUAAUUAUGCACCACGACGCCGAAUGAGGGCGAAGCUUAAGAAGGAAGCUAAGUGGAGGAAGCGACUGGGUUUCCACAAGGAUAAAAUCCCGUCGCUAGAGGAGGGUAUUAAGAGCCUGGAGGAUUAG